CGUCGAGAUCCUGUCAAACCACUGCGAAUUAUCACGCACCUGAACUUUUACACUCUUUCCUGAGGACUAUUUUACCGAUUAAACGGGACGUCUUAUUUAAUUAUUUUCACUGACACACAGCAGCAGCAAUUGAGAAGUCACUCAAUAACAGUUGGCUGCGUUCCUGCCUUUUCCAAGACAUUUAUGAAGUAACAAGGAUAUGGUUUUGGACAUGUGAAGUACAAGGGUAACUUCAAACAUGAAGCUGGUGUCUUCACUGUGUUGCCUCGGCUUUCUUCUGACUUCAGUGGCGGUUCGGCUGAGCGACUCGCAGCAAGUAUGCACUGGCACAGAGAACAAACUGAGUACUCUGUCAGACCUCGACCAGCAGUAUCGGACCCUUCGUAAAUACUAUGAGAACUGCGAGGUGGUGAUGGGCAACCUUGAGAUCACUAGCAUUGAUCGAAGCCGUGACCUGUCCUUUCUCAGGUCUGUUCGUGAGGUGACCGGCUAUGUGCUUGUGGCGCUGAAUCAGUUUGAAUAUCUGCCCUUGGAGAAUCUUCGCAUCAUCCGUGGCACCAGGCUUUAUGAGGACCGCUACGCUCUGGCCAUCUUCCUCAACUACCGUAGAGAUGGCAACUUUGGUCUCCGUCAACUCGGUCUCAAGAAUCUCACAGAAAUUCUGAAUGGAGGGGUAUACGUGGACCAGAACAAGUUCCUGUGCCAUGCUGAUACCAUCCACUGGCAGGACAUUGUGAAAAACAUCCGCCCUGAUCACCUGGUUGUACCGUCCAAUAGCAGCAACUUCUGUCAAAGGUGUCAUAGAGUGUGUAAUGGACGCUGCUGGGGGCCAAAGGAGAACCAAUGUCAGAGCUUGACAAAGACGGUGUGUGCUGAGCAGUGUGAUGGUCGCUGCUUUGGACCGUAUGUCAGUGACUGCUGUCAUCGCGAGUGUGCUGGAGGCUGUUCGGGCCCAAAGGACACGGACUGCUUCGCCUGCACUAACUUCAAUGACAGUGGCGCAUGUGUGACGCAGUGCCCACAGCCGUUUGUCUACAACCCCACCACAUUCCAGCUGGAGCACAAUCCAUGGGCUAAAUACACCUAUGGAGCAUUCUGCGUCAAAAAGUGCCCACAUAACUUCGUUGUGGACCACAGCUCCUGUGUCAGAGCCUGUCCCAGCAACAAGAUGGAGGUAGAGGAGAACAGAAUUAAGAUGUGCAUCCCCUGCACCGAUAUCUGCCCUAAAGCAUGUGAUGGGAUUGGCACUGCCAGCCUUCAGACGGCUCAAACCGUUGACUCUAGCAACAUCGACAGGUUCAUCAACUGCACCAAAAUCAAUGGCAACCUGGUGUUCCUAAUAACAGGGAUUAAAGGAGAUGUAUAUCACAACAUAGAGCCCUUGGAUCCAGAGAAACUCAAUGUGUUCCGCACUGUUCGAGAGGUUACUGGUUAUCUAAACAUUCAAUCCUGGCCAGAGAACAUGACUGAUCUGAGUGUCUUCUCUAAUCUGGCAACCAUCGGAGGCAGGUCUCUAUACAGUGGCAUCUCUCUGCUGGUGCUGAAGCAACAGUGGAUUGUAUCGCUUCAGCUGCAGUCUCUCAAUGAGAUCAGUGCAGGAAACGUGUACGUCACCAACAACAGCCAGCUCUGCUAUUACAACACUGUCAACUGGACACGACUCUUCCGCACCAACACCCAGAAGGCCCUGAUCCGCAACAACCGUGAGCCCAAAGAGUGCAUUAUGAAUCAUAUGAUCUGUGACCCACUGUGUUCUGAUGCCGGCUGCUGGGGUCCAGGGCCCGACCAGUGUCUGUCCUGCCACUUCUACAGCAGGGGCCGCACCUGUAUUGAAUCCUGCAAUCUGCAUGAUGGGGAUGUGCGUGAGUUUGCAAAUGGCUCAGUGUGCCUGGAGUGUGAUGCACAGUGUGAAGUGGCGGAAGAUGACAGGCUUACCUGCACUGGGCCGGGUCCUGAUCACUGUGUUAAAUGUCUUCACUUUAAAGACGGGCCCAACUGUGUUGAGAAAUGCCCUGAUGGCUUGCAUGGAGCAAACAGCUUCAUCUUCAAAUAUGCUGAGGCCAACAAUGAGUGUCACCCCUGCCAUGUCAACUGCACCCAGGGGUGCACUGGGCCCCGUCUGCAAGACUGCAUUGGCAUGAUGGACAGGACUCCUCUCAUUGCAGCUGGAGUUAUCGGUGCAUUGUUUGUGGUGAUCAUUGUGGGCUUGAGUAUUGCCGUAUCAGUUAGGAGAAAGAGCAUAAAGAAGAAAAGAGCCUUGAGACGCUUCUUGGAAACUGAGUUGGUGGAGCCUCUGACGCCCAGCGGUGCGGCCCCUAACCAGGCCCAGCUGCGCAUUCUGAAAGAGACCGAGCUGAAAAGAGUGAAGAUCCUGGGAGCUGGGGCCUUCGGUACUGUCUACAAGGGCAUCUGGGUACCUGAAGGUGAAACUGUGAAGAUUCCUGUGGCCAUAAAGAUCUUGAACGAGGCGACAGGCCCCAAAGCAAACGUAGAGUUUAUGGAUGAGGCUCUGAUCAUGGCCAGCAUGGAACAUCCUCACCUGGUCCGUCUGUUAGGGGUGUGCCUGAGCCCCACCAUCCAGCUGGUCACCCAGCUCAUGCCCCACGGGUGUCUGCUGGACUACGUGCAUGAGCACAAGGACAACAUUGGCUCCCAAUUACUGCUCAACUGGUGUGUUCAGAUCGCCAAGGGUAUGAUGUAUUUAGAAGAGAGGAGACUUGUGCACAGAGAUCUGGCUGCUCGGAACGUCUUGGUGAAGUCACCCAAUCAUAUAAAGAUCACUGAUUUUGGUCUGGCUCGCCUCCUGGAUGCAGAUGAGAAGGAAUACAAUGCAGAUGGAGGAAAGAUGCCUAUAAAGUGGAUGGCCUUGGAAUGUAUUCACUACAGAAAGUUUACCCACCAGAGUGAUGUAUGGAGUUAUGGAGUGACUAUCUGGGAGCUGAUGACAUUUGGAGGAAAGCCAUAUGACGGUAUCCCUACACGAGAGAUCCCUGACCUGCUGGAGAAAGGAGAGAGGCUUCCUCAGCCUCCCAUCUGCACCAUUGAUGUUUACAUGGUCAUGGUCAAAUGCUGGAUGAUAGAUGCAGACAGUAGACCCAGGUUUAAAGAGCUUGCAGCAGAGUUCUGCCGAAUGGCAAGAGACCCACAACGUUACCUAGUCAUCCAGGGGGAUGAUCGCAUGAAACUGCCCAGCCCCAAUGACAGUAAGUUCUUUCAGAGUCUGCUUGAUGAGGAGGAGCUAGAAGAUCUGAUGGGUGCUGAGGAGUAUCUGGUGCCACAGGCUUUCAGCAUUCCUCCACUGGCAUACACAACCAUAUCACGCAUGGACCCCAACAGAAAUCAGUUUGCCUACCAGGACGGUAGUUUUGGUAUGGAGGAGAUGAUGGCCACAAUCCCACGGGUCGUAGCUGUGUCUGCAGUCAACCCGGCUUGUUCCACUAAGAAGCCAUCUUUGGCCCAGCAGGGGGCCUCAGGGCCCUCAGAGGCAUUUGAAGACAGCCGCUGUAAUGGUACUCUCAGGAAGAAGGCUUCUCCCAGGGUGAGCACCGGAGAGGACAGCAGUGGCCAGCGGUACAGUGCAGAUCCAACUGUGAUACUGUCUGAACGUGGAGCCAGAGCAGAGACUGACCAAGAUGGAUACAUGAGCGCCCUGCAGGACAAAAAGCCCUCAGAUUAUCUCAACCCUGUUGAAGAGAAUCCCUUCGUCACACAUCGCAGAAACGGCGAGGUCCACACUAUAGAACGAGGUUACCACAGUGCCUCCAAUGGCCAGCCCAAAGUGGAGGAUGAGUAUGUCAAUGAUCCACUUUACCUCAACACCUUCCAUAACUCUGGGGAGAAGAAUCAUGAUCUCCUGAGGAAGAAUGGAGUCCCCGCAGCUCACACAGCAGCAGCAGUAGCAGCCAAUUCUGGAAAUUCCAACAGCCAGAACCUUGCCCAAACCAUGAAACCAGCAGCACCCAGUGCCCACAUCACAGCACAGCCUCCAUACCAAGGCCAACAAAGCAUCUCCACCCUCUCAGGCCAUACCCUCCACUCUGCAUAUCCAGGACCCACCCUCCACCCAACCCACAACCUCUAUCCGGCUCACUCUGGGACCAUCAUGGCCGACAAAAAGCCCAAAAAGACAUUUGACAAUCCUGAGUACUGGCAGCACAGUCUUCCCCCCAAGGCCACUCUCCACAACCCUGAAUAUCUGCAGGACUGCAGCACACGCUUCUUCUAUCGACAGAACGGUCGGAUCCGACCGGCGGUGGCUGAGAACCAGGAGUACCUGUCAGAGUAUGCGCUAAAAACAGGCACCGUGUUGCCACCGCCUCCCUACCGCCAGAGGAACACUGUUGUGUAGCGACAGCUGCCAAUGGAAGUAAGAGACAAAGAGAUAGAGGAACAGAGAGAGAGAAACACCCUCUCAGUCAUACUGUGUUCUCACCCUGGCUCUCACACCAGCAUCCUGGUCUCUCCUCUUCUCUUUGAACUGGAUUUAACACCUCCAAUGACCUGGAACUGAUCCACUCGAGUGAGCUACUCCUCCAGAGGCAUUGGUCACAGAUGACCGCAUCAGUCAAAGCUCUUACCUGCUUGUCUCUUCUCACUAUGAGCACCAUUAUGCCACCCUAAUAUUUUGGAAAGCUAUAAAGCGAUACUCUUCCCAUCUUAUGGUAGAUGUUACACUUACCUCAUUGGUAGGAAGUACUGACUUUGAAAAAGCAUUGAUUCGGUACAAGAGGAACCUUUUUUAAGUAUAAGCCAAUGCAAUUCUGUGUGGACAUUCAGACAUGAAAACACAAACGCAACAUGGGUUGAUCCACACAAAGCGGCAAAGAAGAGUCUUUCUUUUGUGCUACUACAGCAAUCUUUACAGUUUAUCUUGGGUUUCUUUUGGGAUUUGAAGCUACCUGCUGUCUGUUGUCAUUUAUGACUUUGGUUAUUGUUGCUGUUAUUGUUACAUGCAAUAUAGUUUAUUUUAGCACAUGUUUAAAGAAGAAAAGGCAGAUGUGUUACCAUACCAUAUGCCCAGCAACUGGUAAUAUUGUCCAGGCCCUGUGACAAGGGGGCCCACUAAGGUCAUAUGUGGUAUAGCCUACAGUUGGGCUCCUGUGAUGCAUAUAUUACAUGUUGAUCACAGUACAGAUAUUUAAAGAUAAAGACCAACCUUCUCAUUAGGCACAUCCAACACAAUGUGUGAUAUUCAGUUCAAAACAUCUUCACAAUUCAUCUGGUCUACAGUAUAUGCACAAGUAACAUAUUACUCAAACAAGGCAUUUUUAUGUUUCAUUGCACUUCUUUUGAGCCAUUCACUAUGCAUUUUUUGAUACAUACUUUAAGACUGGAGAAAUUCCCCACUAGACUAGACACUGGGAACAGUCCUCCUGAGCGUUGAAGUAAAACAAUGUCUAAAGGCAACUUAAUGAAUAGAAGCACUCCAUGCUAAUAAAUGCUACCAGUAAUUCUCAUUGA